CGAAAUUUCGUGGAGCAUCGUCAAGUCGAACAAAUCGCCCGACGACGAGGACAUUGCGCGAUGGCCGACGCGACGGCACGACCACGUGCAUUCGACACUACAUGCAUGGACGUGUGGAGGGCAGUGCAAGAAAACAAAUUCACCGCUGUGGAGCGUUUGCUCGAGGACGGCGGCGUUCUGGUCGACGAGCGCAACAACUUGGGCGAAACCCCACUUCACAUCGCGGCGAGUCGCGGCUUGGAAGGGCUCGUGGACCUCCUCUUGCGCCACGGAGCAGACCCCAAUGCACAAGACGAGGAGUCGGGGUACACUCCGUUGCAUCGAAGCUUUCUCCAUGGCCACGUUGACGCGUCGUUGCUGCUUCUAAACGGCGGGGCGAUCCUAAACACAGAGGAAUCGGCCCAGUGCCCUUUGGACAACGACCGCAUGUCUCCACUAGACUUGUUGUCGUCGCGUCUUCGACAUUCCCCCACCUCGUCGUCGUCGUGCGUCGAGGGAGAAGUGUACACGUUUGGCAAAGUGGACUUCCAGCUGGGAUAUCACUUGCCCCAUGGGGACGAGCAGUGCACUCCCCGCCGCGUCAAGUUUGAGUCUGGCGUCGAUCUCGCUUUUGUAUCUGCGGCCAUGUACCACUCGCUCGCCGUGUCGACAACCGGUCGUUGCUACUCUUGGGGGUUUGGCAAGGGAGGUCGUCUUGGCACGGGCUCUGAAUACAACUGCAUCCAUCCUGUGCCAUUGCACUUCCCCAACCAGCGCAUGAUCGUCAAGGCGUCGGCAGGAGAAAACCAUUCCUUGGCCCUGACGUCGACGGGCCAAGUGUUUUCUUGGGGCUCCAAUAGCUUUGGCCAACUCGGCUUCCCUGCCAAGCAAACGAGUGCCGCCAGUCGGCUCUCCCCCAAGCGCGUGGAUGGCUUAAAGGGGGAAAUUGUCGUGGACAUUGCUGCAGCUAGCAGCCAUUCCGCAGCGAUCACGUCCAACGGGCAUGUGGUCACGUGGGGCAGCAACAAGAAGGGGCAACUAGGUCGAAAGGAGGGUUUUGGAACGGACCAGGCGAUGCAUGCCCCGAAACGAGUCGACUCGUUGCUGCCCCACCAUGCAAGCCCGGCAGUCCCUGCCGACGCCGUGUCCGUCGUAGCCACCAGGAUUGCCGCGUCGUGCUAUCACACGUGCGUCGUGCUUGACGUUGUCAAGGAUGAAAAUCACUCUCGAGUCCAAGGCCAGGUGUGGCAGUGGGGCAUGGGUGGAUUCUUUCCGUCGCAAGUGCUCUUGCGCCACCAGUGUCGCGACGAGUCCCUGCGAUUGCACCGUCAAAAUGUGUGGCGACCGCGUGUGCAGCAGUUUCCCAUCAGCAUUGUCGACAUUUCGUGCGCGCCUCAGCAUUCCAUUGGCCUUUGCGCUCUUGGCAACGUGUACGUGUGGGGCCAUGGCCCCAAUCCGCUUGCAGUCGGCGGUCGCCACUACAUUCCGCUCAACGAUCGCGCGACAUCCAUUGCGGCGGCCAAGGAGCACUGUGCCGUCGUGUUGGCGUCGGGGGAUGUGUACACGUGGGGCUGUGGCACCCUAGGCCACGAAGGGCGCAACUGGCUACCAACCCCCAAACGAGUGGCUAACAUCAAACAAGCAAAAUCAGUCGCAGCAGGACCGCACCAUCACGUGGUACUCGUCACCCCGAAGCGGCCGCUCUUGGACGAAAGCUGCGGCGAUGCGUCGCUCGUGGACAAGUGUCAACACGUGCUCCGUCAGCAAGUGUCGUUGCAAACGGUGGUGUCCAUUUACGCCAAGGCAGACAUGCUCGACAUGUCGGCGCUGAAGACACUGUGCCGCCAGUUUGUGACUCAAAAUUUGGACGCUGUGCUCGAGAUGACUCGAAACGCCGACGAGUGGCCGAUCGAGUUGUCGGACGAAGCGUGUCAGCGGCAGCGGGCAAUUUCUUCGACUUCUUCACAGACUACUCGUUUGGGCACAUGGACGGAGAGUCCGAUCAAGAAAGAUCUGGAAAAGAAGCUGCGGUCGUUGCAGAAACGCGUGGAUCAACUGCGCGAAAUUGAACUCUUGGUGGCGCCGACGGAUGCCCAGAAAGCCAAGCUCAAACGAAAACCGAACCUCCUGUCACAAAUCGUGGAGAUCAAGGCCCAGCUGCCAUCGGCACACAAGGACAAUGCAAUAACCAAAAGCAGCGACGCAACUCGACCGACGUCGAUUUCACCUUCGACGCCAGUGAACAUUCCGUCGAGUAUUGUCAAAACAACGGACUUGAAGAAGAAGAAGCAAACAAAGCAUGUCCAAGCUGCGUUGGAACAGGACUCAGGGCAAAAGAAGCAGCCCGUGGGGGUGGCAGCUGCUGAGUCCAAAUCGACACAUGAAAAGCCGGCUUCCUCGGUCGAGAUGUCCAAACCAACCGCGACACACGCAGUUCCAGCAGAAGAAACCAAACCUCAACGUAAGGCUCGCACAAAAUUUGUCCCGUUGAAUUCGUUCCUCGAUGCCCAAUUGGUCCCGACUCCAGCGCUUCCACCAUUAAACUCGGCAUGGUCGCCGUCUCCAGUAAUGUUGCUGCCGUCGCCGCCAUCGCUUCCGCUCCCGAUGAAGUUGUCCUCGAGUCCUGCAGCAAGCCCGAUGUUGUUGCCAACGAAAAGCGGUACAAGCGCCUCUUCAGCGAGUGGGUUUACCUUGGAGAGCUUCAUGAAACCAUCGCGAAAAUCCAAAAAAGCCGGCUUGGUCGAGAUCCAGGGCACGGAAACUGCCAGCGCACCGUGGCAGACACUCGAGUCAGCCACCACGAUCCAUUCCCUCGCGGCGAUUCAAGCGGCGGAAGCGGUCCAAGUCAAGCAAACUUGGAAUCUGAAGAAGAACCAGUGGGGACUCUGCCACAAUGAAAACGUCAACCUCGCGGCCAUCCAGUCGAUCGAACUCGAAGAAAAGCAACAAAUCGACGCAAUGAUCGCCCAAGACUGCGAACUGGCCAAGAAAUUGCAGGCCGAAGAAUUGGAUCAUGCCAGGCGGCACCGACGCGGUGGACAUGGCGAGAAAGCACAGACCAGGCCACGAUCCAAGCGCCAUGGGUCAGCAUCGGUUCGUGCGGCGUAAAACGAAAACUCAACUGUGUACGAGAUCAGGCAUGUAGUUGAUGUAGCGAGGGGUUUAGAGAUUCAGACGAGCGUGGACGCUUCUACGCAGCACUGUCCUCGUCGCUUUCCUUUUGAGCGGCUAGCGAUUCCAUCGACGUCCGAAUGACCUUGAUCAAUGCAUCUCGUUGCUGCA